GAAAAAUUUAAAAUUGUACGAGGCUCUUUGCGACAAACUCUACAAAGGACGCAGUGGUCCACUUGUCGUCACCCUAAACUUUUAUUGAUAAUUUUUAGUAUGGUAUCAAUUCGAAAAGGAAUUAUGCUACACUACAUAGAGAUGUUAAGAACGAUUGGUUUUAAGGAUAAUUAAUUCGGUUAACAAAAUAGCAGGAGUAAUGCUAGUUAUAGGUUUUAACUUUUAACUACCUUUUAGGUACUUAUUUAACAAAGGAUAAUACAUUGUAAGACAAGCUUUUGACAUAUAUUUUUGAGAAUAGUUGAAGAGGGGGUUAUUGUUAAGAAUGAUAUCACAAAAGAAAAACUAAAAGGAUGUUAUAAGUAGAGGAAUUCAUAAGGACCAAGAUAUAUAGUUUAGUGGUAGAAUCGCUGUUGGGUCACCCAAGUUCCUAACGUCAAUUCGAACGCCUAAUUAAUAAGACUACAAGUAAAAUAUACACAUAACAAGAGGUCAUAUUGUUCUCUUCUAGAUUUGUCUUUGAAUCAGUGUAUGUGAAGUUAUGUUUGUUGUUAACCAAAUUGGUGGUAUUAUAGUCUUGGGUUAGUACUCUUGUAUUGCUCUGCAAUAUUUUUUCGAGCUUUGUAAUGCUUUACUGCUCUUUAGUGUAACAAACUUAAACUGUAUUCUUGAUUAAUUAAUAAAUAAAUAUACAUGGAAAGUUUAUAUAGUAGUAUUGUUAAUAAUUGUACAAGUAUAGUAAACUAUAUACAAAGUGUAUUUACACCUAAUACACCCCUAAUUAAUUAAGCUUUUGAAUCCUAGCUAGUCCGAUACUAGAGUGAAAAUGCUUGAAAUAGACAUUCGAUUCAAAAGAGAAUGAAAAAGGCAUGGAUACAAUGCCUUGGUUAAUAUAUGAUCAUAAUUCUGCUUCGUUCUGGAAACAUGAUGGAGUGAGAUGAUCCCUUUCUUUCUUGACCUGAUCACAAAGUGUAUGACAUUCAACCUUGAUGUGUUUCUCGCGGCGACUUAGAAGCCCACCAAUGCGAUUCCGACUCUUUGGUUCAUAGCUUUUCAAGACAAAGGGCGAGGUGAUGGCAAUCUCGUUUUGCUUCUUUUUAUAGUUUCCUCAUCAUCUGUUGUGUUUUAUAUUUUUAGUUUUUCACUGCUGUUUAAUUUUUAAAUGUUUCUGCUACUAGUUUCUUUGUAACUUCUGUCAAAAAGUUAAAAAUUGGUAUAAAAUUUAACAUUUACACCAAAAAAAAAAAUGUGUUUCUUCCUCUCAUAGAAAACUAGAUUGGUAGCAACAUGCAUUGCAGACUUAUUGUCACAUAAGAGCUUGGCUUGAGCAUAAACAUCAACAUGAAGAUCAAUAAGUAACUGCUGUAAGUAAAGCAAUUCAAAAGUUGUCAAAGCCAUGCUCCUAUACUAAGCUUCUGUGCUUCCGCUCUUGAACUAUUUUUUAGGUGUUAGUUAAACGCAAUACUAACACUUUUGAGCUAUUUUUUGUUUUAAAUAAUUUUUUUUUGUUUAUGUACAAGUAGCUCAUAUUGUUGUGGUAUUUUGGUCAAGCAUGCAAACAAAAGAAAUAGAAAACAUACUUUUAUAACAUGUAAAUAAAAACUAAUAACCAAAAGCUAAACUGAAAACAAAUCUGUAACUAUAAGAGCCCAAUACUUAUUCCAAAUAUUCCUGGAUUUAUUUACAGCUUUAGACAUAAAGUCAUCCAUGCAUUGACUUGUACAUAUUUCCUGAUGUAUCAAACUUUGGACCACAAAUCUUGGACACACAUACAAACUCAGACCUACUCUCUACUUGAGUUUUGUAACAACUAAGAACCAUAACCAGAUGAAUUAGUGGUUGAUCAAAAAAAAAAACCAGAUGAAUUAGUUAUGCUUGUUUCAUACAUAAAGAUUAGCCUCAUCUCUCUUAUCUAGUUUUUUUUUGUUUUCUCAGUAUAUAUGUUAUUAGGCAUGAAUGAUAAUCCAUGUAGCUUGUUCAGUAAAUACGAAAAAGUGAGCAAAAAUACAAUAUUUAUUUUCAUAACCCAUUUGAUAUAAUUAGGAAGUGAAAAGAAAAUCUUAAUAAAGGUACAUGUGUUCACUUUUUGACAAAUUUAGACAAGUACCACACAUUGUUUUAAUUGAGAUAUCAGAUUAAAUCACAGGUGUUAACAGGCGAGAUACCAAGCCAAUUACAACUUACCAGAAACAAAAUAAUUUACUGAUAAAUAUACUAUUCAAAAUAUCUAGAAGACUGUCACCUGUAGGCAAAAAAUGGUUACCACAUGAGAAAAUAUUCUCUAACUUGAACUUGAAACAAUCCUUAUCAUAUUUACUGUUUAUGAUAUAAAUAAUCACAAAGCACACUACGACAUUUGUUUUCACAAAGCAUUGUGAUAUAUAUUUUCAAGCCUUACUACAAUUGUUUUAAAAACAUUCAUGAAAAGUUAAUAUAACAGUGUUUUUACAACUAAAAACAAAAUAAAUAAAAUGUUUCACAUUAAAAUACUAGAAUCACUUUCCAGAAAAUGUUUUACUAGAGUUAACAAUAAGUAUAUUAAGGAUGUUUUAUUUUAUAAUCUUACAAUUUCUUAAUUAUUUAUAUCUGUAAUAUAUUAUUAACUAUGUUCAUUAGAUAUACAUAUACAGAUAAAAAAAUAUAUCUGGUCUUAUAUUUAUCUUGUAAAUUAGUUAUUUUCAUUUUCUUAUUUCUGUAUAUACAUAUGUACAUAUCAAAAUCAACUAUUCCACGUGUACGUUUAUGUGGGUUUAUCUAGUAUGUAUAUAUAUAUCUUAGAAAUGUACUAUUUAUAGUGAAUUUUAUUUAUUCACACAAAUUAGGUAUAUUUUAUUUUUUAUGCACACAAAUUAGGUACAUUUUACUUUUUAUGCACACAAAUUAGGAAUAGUAUAUGAGCAAUUUAUCUAAUUGGCUGAAAAUAACUAUUAAGAAGAAAUCAACAAAAACAUUAAAUACAUAAGAUCUGAUAUGAAUAAUGAGGAAAAUACAGAUAUCAAAAGCUUAAAACUUUGACACACUCACCUCACCUUAUAUACUCAAUACAUGUAAGUAUAGAUUUGUAUAUCUAUAUAAGAAGCUAGAGUUACCCCAAGUCUAUAGCUAACUUGAAAAGGACAAGAAGUUCUCACAUGACCCGAACCACACCAUCCAUGGGUCCCUUUUACUCUCUCUUAUAAGAUGUGUUCUUCUUCUCUAUCAUCGAGAAAAUUUCUAAACCCACUAUUUUCUUCACCCUUUAAAGUCAUCUAGAGAGAGAACCCAGUUUAAAAUUGAAAAAACAUUGAUUUCAUUUUCCAUUUUUUAAUAUAUAUUUGGAGUCAACGAAAAUAUCAGAAGAAGAAGCAAACACAAAGAAUGGCUAGUGGCUCCGGCAGCAACAGCAACGACUUCAACAUGGCGAUGGGGGAGCACAUGUUCGACAAAGUGCUAACAACAAGCGACGUCGGGAAACUAAACCGCCUCGUGAUUCCAAAGCAACAUGCAGAAAACUACUUUCCCUUGGAAGAAAUUGAAAACGGCACGAUGUUGGAAUUCCAAGACAGGAACGGCAAGAUGUGGAAGUUUCGUUACUUGUACUGGAGCAGUAGCCAGAGCUACGUGAUGACCAAAGGAUGGGUCCGUUUCGUCAAAGAUAAGAACCUUGAAAGCGGAGACACCAUCUCGUUCCACCGUAGCUACGUCCCCGACGAUACCGAACCGGGGAAACGAAUCAAAAAACUGUACGUUGACUGGAGGCAUAGAGCCGACAGGAACCUCGUACACAACAUAAACCAUCAUCAUCAUUACCCGCUUUUAAUGCCUCCGACUUAUCCAACUGCUGGUUACUAUCCCUUGUCUGGAUAUUCCAUGCCGCAUUACCAAAGGCUUCCACCUUUUUAUCAUAACCAGUUUCAAGAGAGGGAUUUUUCAGGGUAUGGUUAUGGAGGGCCUUACUACGCGAGAUCACCGUUGGAUCAUCAUCAUCAUUAUCAGUAUGGAAGAUCUGAGCCAUUGGUUUAUAACUCUUAUCCUGUUUACCCGACCACGGGGGUACCUUCGUCUUCCGCCAGGUUACCUCCUUAUCCUCCUCCUCAUCAGCCGCCGCAGGAGGGGACGGCGAAGAAGCUAAGGCUGUUUGGGGUCGAUGUGGAGGAGUCUUCUUCUUCAGGAGAGGCACGUGGUGAAAUGGCUGUUGCUGGGUACUCUUCGUCUUCUCCAGUUGUGAUCAGAGACGAAGAAUCAUCUUCAGCUAUGCAGUUAAGCGAGGAUGAAGAAUAUAAGAGGAAAGGGAAGUCCAUAGACUUUUAGAACAAAGAGUCUUCUAUUCAUCAUUUGUUUCAUCCUUUUAAAAUUAUUAUAAUGUUAUUUGGCAAUUGGGGAAUUUAAAAUGUAGUGAGGAACUUCACCGGGAUUAUAUAUUGGUUUUAAGCUUGUUUUUGUUUUGUUUUGUUUUGAGUUCUGGUUUCAACAUGUGAGUUCUUGAGCCCUAGAUACCAUAUGUUGAAAACCUCCCAUCUUUCAAUAUUGUAAGAAGCUUAUAUGUAUUAAUAAAUUUGACAUCCUUAUAUAAUCUCGAGUUAUUAACUAUACAUACUCUUAAUGAUCGGAUAUAUACACCAAUCCAUGAAUCAAAGGUAGUGUUACAUCUUUAAUUUCUGUUAUAAGCUGGAUAAGUGAGAAGGAUAAAAAUCUUAUUUAUUUUAUUUAGUAAAAUGGUACUAUCUGUGCCUAUCUCUAGCUAAGCUGACAAAGUUUCAUGGUACAUUCUAAGCUAAUGGGAAGUUUCAAAAGCUCUUUAAGCCUCUCUAACCCAUCUCUAUCUAACCUAUCUCUCUAUAACACAUAUGGUCCAGUCUAAGAUUGUUUGGUUACUAUUGUCUUCGCUUGAUUUAACUAAAGGGGAUUUGUAUGUUAACUUAUGGGUGGAGAACAAAAAAGAUAAGAUAUGGAAGGACAAUCUCAAUUUGUAAUAUUUUAGAAUAUGAAUCACAAAACGUAUGAAAUCUUCUUUAAUUUUUUUUUUACUUUAUCCC